CUGACCCAAUAUCUUCUCUCCACCGUUCUCUCGUAUUCUCUCCAUCGCCGGCCGAGAGAAAACUGCAUCUGGUCUUCUUCUGGUUUUGUGUUUUGUCGUUGAAGAGAAACAAAACCUUUUCUUUUUCGUUCUUCAGACACACUUCACUUGGAUUUUCAGUGUCGAGUAAGCAGCUGCGUGGUAGAGAAAAGAUGUCAACUUUUUGAUUGGUUCUCCGUUGUAGAUAGUGAAGCUCCAAAAGAGACUUCUUUUUGGUUUGUCUUUUGGAAAGGAUGGAAGAUAAGGGAAAGGGUGUGGUGGGAGAAGGAGAUGAGGAACACUCGUUUUCUGUGUUGGAAGGGGGUCCAAGCAAUAUGGAAGUAGACGGUAGUGAUGAUAACUAUGAUGACGAUGAUGAUGAUGACGGAAACAGUGAUGAAGGAGGCCAGGUAGAUGAUGAUGAUGUUGAUGAUGAUGAGGGAGAUGAGUCUGAAGACGGAGAUGAGUCUGAAGCUGUCAGUGGAAUUCCAACAACAUUCGAACGCCUUGAAUAUGAAGCUCUCGCUGAGAAGAAACGCAAAGCAUUUACUGAGUCUCAACGUGAUGGUUCAAAUAAGAGAUCCAGGCAUGAUGCUAUUAACAUCUGGAAUAGCACCUCGGGCGAGAAGGGAUUCAUGGAACUCUACGAUACUGGCCGCCGACGAAAGUCUAGGAAGAAUAAAAAAAGGGGUAGACGACAGGGGUCAAAGAAAAAAGUUUCACCUGAAAUUCAGAAGAGGUUGAGUGAGGCGUUUCUUCUUCACGCAGAUAAUAAAGACAGUGAGGCCUUACCUAUUAUAUUAGACGUUAUUAAGCAAGCACCAACCUUUGGUCGAGCGUAUCAUUACCUAUCGCUUGUAUAUGAGAAACUUGGUAGGACCGACUCAUUGUCUACUGGAGUAUUGAGGAUUGCUGCAACUGUUGAAGGUCCAAAAUCACCUUGUUGGAAGUUGCUUUACGAGAGGUCCAAGGAACAAGGGGACUUGUCUGCAAGGAGUUAUGCGUCCAAAGCAGUACAAGCUGAUCCAGAGAAUUUCUCUUUGAAAUAUGAAUAUGCAGACCUCUGCCUAAAUGCUGGAAGAUAUAAAGAAGCUGCCGAAACCUAUGAGCAAAUAUUUCGUCGGUAUCCUGAGAGAAUUGAGGUCCUCGAUUGGGUGACAAAGUAUUUUCUAAAAUCCGGCGAGGGUGAACGAGCAGCAAACAUCUUAGAGGAUCAUAUAAAAUCUCAUCCAUCUGAAGUGGGGCCUGAUGUCUUGGAUCUACUGGCUUCUGUUUUGAUGGAAAUUAAUGCGUAUGAUAGAGCUCUUAAGUAUAUUCAUGAUGUGCGCCAAAUCUACAAUCUAGGAAAAGAACUGCCUUCCAGCUUGAAAAUCAGACAAGCCAUCUGCCAUGUUCGCCUCCAAGAAAUGGAGCAAGCAGAGAUUGUUUUAAGUAUUCUACCACGGGAGGCUGUAUCCGAACAUUCAGAUCUAAUCAUCAAUUUGGCUGAUGAGCUAACAAACAUUGGGAAUUUUCACACUGCUCUAAAAUACUAUUUGUUAGCAGUCAAUGACACUGUGAAUGAUGGUGAUUUGUUUGUGAAAGUUGCUCGCUGUUAUACGUCGUUGGCAAAACGAGAUCAGGCCAUCAUUUUCUAUUACAAAGCUUUGAAUGAACUCAGUGAUCCAAUAGAUGCUCGCAUAACUCUGUCUUCACUUCUCCUGGAAGAUGGCAAACGAGAUGAAGCUAUAUCAGUGCUUUCUCCUCCGGAAAAUCCAGAUCUUGAUGCUUCUAAACAGAAGGCAUGGUGGAAGAAAAGAAAGAUCAGGAUGCAUCUUUGUCAGAUCUAUUAUUCAGAGGGGAUGCUUGAGGAAUUUGCCAAUACAGCAUUGCAGUUGGUUCUUAAGUGGGUUUGGCGGCGGACGGUCAAGGGAAAAAGAAAACGAUCGGUUCUUUCGGAGCUUCAAAGAAAUAGAAGACGCCGACGUCCUAGAGAUGCUCAAGCUUCAGAGUUGAGAGGCGGACCCAAAAAGUGGCGCAAAAUCAGGGCAACAUUAAAUGAGACAAAGAGAAUCAGAGAACGGGCUGCUAUUAAAGCUCAGAACGAAGAUAUCUGCAGUGAAUCUGAGGAAGAAGCUAUGAAGGAUGAAGAGUACCACCGUCUCUUUGUAGAUUUGUGCAAGGCAUUGGCAUCGCUGCAAAGGUUUUGGGAAGCUCUGGAGAUAGUUAACCUGGCUCGUAGAUUGGACGCCAAAAUGCUGCCUGUUGAGAUAAAAAAGGAGCUUCAGUCACUUGGAGCUAAAAUAUCAUGUGAUACUAUGGAUCCAAAGCAGUGGUUUGACUGUGUAAGAUCUGUCAUUCAGCAACAUCCGUAUCGUUUGAAUGCCUGGAACUGCUAUUACAAAGUCAUUUCAAGACUAGGGAAAAGAGCAUCGAGUGAAGCUAAGUUCAUGCAUCACUUAAGAAGCAAGUACAGAGAUUGCGUACCGCCUAUUCUUAUCGCUGGUCAUCAUUUCACCGUUACAAGCCGACAUCAAGAUGCUGCAAGAGAAUACCUUGAAGCAUAUAAACUAAUGCCAGAUAGCCCUUUAAUCAACCUCUGCGUAGGAGCUGCUUUAAUCAACUUAGCCCUCGGUUUCCGACUCAAGAACCGGCAUGAGUGUCUUGCUCAAGGCUUUGCAUUUCUAUACAACAAUAUCAGAAUCUGCAGCAACAGUCAAGAGGCUUUGUAUAACGUUGCUCGGGCGUAUCAUCACGUAGGUCUUGUGACUCUUGCGGCUUCGUACUACGAGAAGGUUUUAGCGGUUUACGAGAAAGAGUAUCCAAUGCCGAAGCUCCCAAACGAAGAUCCUAAUGUUGCAGAAGAGCGUAAACCUGUUAACUGUGACCUACGCAAAGAAGCUGCUCACAAUCUGCAUUUGAUAUAUAAGCACAGUGGAGCGUUUGAUCUCGCGAGGCAGGUCUUGAAGGAUCACUGCACUUUCUAAGUUUCGUUUGUCUUGUAAACUCUACAACCAACUAUUAUUAUUGAUUUGGCUGGGUUAUCACUUUAUUGUGUAGUUUCAACUUCAUUAACUGAAUUUACUUGGAGUAUUAAUAUAUAGUUGCUACUUGCAAAGAUUACUAUUUCAAGGAUUUAUUUGUAGCGGUGUCAA